CCCAGUCUCGCUUCUUUUCACUUUCCCCUUUCCCCCGACCAAACCCUCGCUCCCGCCGCGCGCCACCGGCUGAAUCCGACCAAUCGCCAUGGCUGAGGCGGCGCGGGCCCCUGCUCUGAUGGUAGAGCUCGUCGAGGAGAUCCUUCUCCGCCUCCCGCCGACCGAGCCCGCCAGCCUCGUCCGCGCCGCCCUCGUCUGCAAGCCCUGGUGCCGCCUCAUCUCCGGGCCCCGCUUCCGCCGCCGGUUCCGCGAGCUCCACCGCACGCCCCCCAUGCUUGGCUUCUUUUGCAAUCACAUCUGCGUGGCCCGCUUCGUCCCCACCUGCGCCUACCGCCCUCCCAACGCCGACCACCGCGGCUGGAGCGCGCUCGACGCUCGCCAUGGCCGCGUCCUCUUCCGCAGCACGGGCUUGGGGUCUCGUAGCCUCCUCAUCUGGAACCCUGAAACGGGCGAGCGGCUCCAGCUGCCCAUGGUGGGGUCUCUGCUUGCGCGCGACUGGAACGCGACUGUGCUCUGUGCGGCCGGCGGCGCGUGCGACCACCUCGACUGCCACCAUGGACCCUUCCUCGUCGUCUUCGUGGCCACAGGCGACGAGCACAUUACUCUCCGGGUCUACUCAUCGGAAGCUGUCGCCUGGAGUGAGCCGACCUAUGUCGCGGAGUUCCCCAAUUACAAAGUCGAUAUGCUGCCCUCUGCCAUUGUUGGGAAUGCGCUUCACUUCGUGGUUGACUCAAGCAGGAGAAUUCUCAAGUACGAUUUGGCCACGCGGCAAACCUAUGUGUUUCUCCAGCCUCUUGUGUCCUAUGGGUACUAUACCACAAUCAUGACAAUGGAGGAUGGUGGGCUGGGAGUCGCAAGAAUGGAUGAUGAGCUCAGUCUCUCCCUGUGGUCAUGGGUGCCAAAAUCCGAUGGAGGCAUGGGAUGGGCAAAAAUCAGAGCCAUUGACCUCGUGAAGCUCCUCUCUGUCGAUGCCCACUCCAUUGGUUCUGAUUUUGUUGUCUUUGCAUAUGGUGUCAGAAUCUUUUUUGUGGGCACAGAUGUUGGGCUAUUCAGUUUUGAUUUAAAUUCUGACCAGGUGAGGAAGAUAUGUGAGGUGGAAUUCCAUUACGAUGGCAUCCGUGGUCUUGUUCCCUAUAUGAGCUUCUACACUCCAGGUAAAGCUUAGCUUACUCUAUAUUUUCUCAAGUUUUAGGACUUCUACUUUUCCUGUUGGUAAAUGGUAACAUGAAUUUUAACGGUAUUGUGAUUAUAUAUGUGUUCAGCUAGAUUUUUAUAUUUCUCGAGUUUUGAGUGUAUCCCCUCUUAAUGAUUUUUUGCAAGUGCCUGUUAACUGGUGUGCAUGGGGAUAAUAAGUUACUGUGUUUAGUUAUCUAUUAGCAACAUGUUGGCGCUUGUGUUUAGUGAGUAACAAAUUUUUGAUGGGGGCCAAGCAAUUCCUUGAUAAAAAAUGCUAUCUUGAAUGUUUAAAUUUAUGAAAGUGGAAUGUCACUGUUACAUGUACAACCGUGGUACUCCUUUGCGACAAGCUUUGUUAUGAACCAUUCAUGAAAUUGGUUAGAUAUGUGUACCGGUGUAGGACCUUUCUUUUUCCAUCUUCUGCACCAGCCUUGAAGAUCUAAAUUUUGCUGUGCCUGGAAGGUACCAAGCAGGUAAAAACUAAAAAAGCCCAUUAACACUGUGUAUACUUUGGGCAUGAUCUGUAAAUGUCACUUAACAGACAUUUAUAUGAUUGAAUUGAAUCAGUGUUCAACAAACAUAGUUUUUUUUCCCCUCGAGUUAUGAAUCAAAUGCUUGUAUGAUUAGCCAGCAACUCAGUUUGUUUUGUGGCAAAUGUUAAUUGAGGUCCAAUUGGUUAUCAGUGAGCUCAUGUUAUUUCCAAACACUCCGUUCGGAUGGGCUGAAAGCCAGCCGGUUGGCUGUUUCGGGCUGGGCUCAUCGGCAGCAGCCGUUCGGCUGGUGGGCAGCAGCCGUUCGGAUGGUACGAAUCUGGCGUUGGCCUUCCUUCUUUACUCCCCUCGUUCGUUCCGUUGCCCGGCUGCAAUCAGCAGCAGAGCUGCUGCACUGCUGCCUCUGGCUGGAAGAGCUCCAGCCGAGACCAGCCGAGAGCAGACUAAAAUGUACCAGCCGAACGGAGCCAAAAUCUGUUUACUUCUGCAGCAUUGGAAGCAUAGCCUACAGGCAAGGGAGCAAGAAUUGGUGCUUUAGGUGCAUUUAAAAACUUAAAAUGCAGAUCCACUCAUCCACAGGCUUCUCAGACGUGUGGAGAUAGGUCAUGGUAAUUGUUGAUGGUAGAAGCUUUAUGAUGGGCCAGCUUUAUAGCAUAAGUGAUGUUAGUCAUGGCCUUAGUUUGUUAACCUUUAAGGGUUCUGUUUUUUGUUUUAGGGACAGUAUCUCCCAAUUUUUUUGUUUGUUCAUUGGCCUUGUCUGUAAACUGGUUACCCUACUCAGCAUCAGCCUACUCCAUGUAUAUUCCAAGGCUUUAGGUUGCACCAAGCCUGAAAUGGAUUUGCUUAUGAGAAUGAGAAUUUGCAAUUUAAACAGUGCA